AUAACGCGUAUAAACUUAUCACGUAAUCAUUACGUAAGGUAUCGGGAACGAACUUUUAAGGGAAAUAAGCGACCGGCGAAGGGACGUUCCUAAGAUGAGCGGGUGUCGGUUGUUUCGGUGACGGUUCUGAUUUGCCCACCAUUCAUGAUUUGUGAUUUUUUUAGGGGAUUAUCCUUCAUAAUGAGAAAAAAGUGCCAGUUACGAAGGAAAAUGUACGAGAGCUCGUGCUCGUAUCAGAGUGCCCUCGAACUCAAACGUAGUGGAAGUGCCGCGUGCCCCUUAACCAUUAAAACCGAAGAGUUCGGCACCGCCGCGGACUGGCCCGCGUACCGAUUUUGCAAUCCGAGCACCUUCGAACAGCUCAAGCAGAGCGUCGAAAAGGCGAAGGCCGCCCUUCAGGACCGGAGCGGUUUUCUGGGGGCCGGUAGUGCUUUUAGUGAUUUGUAUAGUGGUGUUAGUAGUACAGGAAGGACCCAAGAUAGUCUGCAGGAUUCGAGCCGAUUACGCGAUACCGAUGUCGACAUUAAGAGAUCGUCGCAGGGUACCGAUAAGACGUCACAUUCGCACCUCUCCCCUAAGGGUUACAAUAGUAUUUCGGAUACAUUAAGUCGAUCCAAAUGUGAUACUUCCUACAAGGGAUCAUGGAGCACUCACGCUGCCGCACCAACGCAAGGUGAGUAG